AUGAUGGCUGGCAGCAGUAGCCGAAUGGACUCGAGUCUCCCUACACAACCUAACCUAAGAGUGACCAUAAUCGCGGCGGAUGGGCUAUACAAGCGUGAUGUUUUCAAAUUUCCGGAUCCGUUUGCUGUGGCGACUCUCGGCGGCGAGCAGACUAAGACGACGAGCGUCAUAAAAAGGACCCUCAAUCCCUACUGGAACGAAAGUUUUGACAUGCGGGCAAAUGAAGACAGCAUUCUAGCCGUGCAGAUAUUCGACCAGAAGAAGUUCAAGAAAAAAGAUCAGGGAUUCCUGGGCGUAAUAAAUGUUCGUAUUGGAGAUGUCCUAGAUUUCUCAUCAAAUCAAGACGAGAUGUUAACAAGAGACCUCAAAAAGUCUACCGAUAAUUUAGUCGUUCAUGGGCAAUUAAUCAUCAGCCUUUCGACAAACCUAACAGAACCACCUAGAAAUAAUCUACCUGCUCCCAGUCCCAGACCUACGUCCUUAAACAUUUCCCAAACACUUGCACCCCUCAAUUCAAUGGGAUUGCCUCUUUCUGCCCAUGCAACGGGCUCCGCUACAACGCCGGCAUCAAAUGCACUUCCGAGUAGUUCAACUGCUAGUCUUUUGACUACUCCUGGUGCCUCUAGCUCUACCUCUGGCGCUCAAUCUAAUACAACGACGGUUACCCGGCCGGCCGGUACGUUCAGUUCUUUUGAAGACGCUCAAGGAAGGCUUCCUGCAGGCUGGGAAAGAAGAGAGGAUAACCUAGGGCGAACGUACUACGUAGAUCAUAAUACGCGAUCCACCAGCUGGAAUAGGCCGGUCGCAGGAGGCACGGCAGAAACCCAGCGUACUGAGCGAGAUGCAAAUACUCAGGUCGAACGCCAAAGGCAUCAGAACCGAACUCUACCAGAGGAACGUGCUGGUGCCAGCUCACCUAGCAAUGCCGUCUCUACCCCUUCAUCUGGUGGUGCCAGUCCAGCAAAUGCGGCUACAAUGUUGGCGACUGGAGCAACAACUGCUGGCACUGGAGAGUUGCCUCCAUUAUGGGAACAGAGACAUACUCCUGAAGGCCGCCCAUACUUUGUAGACCACAAUACCAGAACUACAACUUGGGUCGAUCCUCGGAGGCAACAGUAUAUACGAAUGUAUGGAGGUCCUAAUACUAAUAAUGGCGGCAUACAACAGCAACCAGUCUCUCAACUUGGACCACUUCCUAGCGGAUGGGAGAUGAGACUCACAAACACGGCUCGCGUAUAUUUUGUAGACCAUAAUACUAAAACCACAACAUGGGAUGAUCCACGACUUCCCUCUUCUCUGGAUCAAAACGUUCCACAGUACAAGCGUGAUUUUAGGCGUAAGCUUAUCUACUUUAGAUCACAGCCAGCGCUCCGUAUACUAUCAGGGCAGUGCCAUGUCAAAAUCCGAAGAUCUCAUAUAUUCGAAGACUCUUACGCUGAGAUAAUGCGCCAGUCAGCAACUGACCUGAAGAAACGGUUGAUGAUAAAAUUUGACGGCGAGGAUGGGCUAGAUUAUGGUGGUUUAUCUAGAGAAUUUUUCUUCCUAUUGUCUCACGAAAUGUUUAACCCAUUCUACUGUUUGUUCGAAUACUCUGCACAUGACAACUAUACCCUCCAAAUCAACCCCCACUCUGGAAUCAAUCCAGAGCAUCUGAAUUACUUCAAAUUUAUCGGCCGUGUAGUCGGCCUCGCAAUUUUCCAUCGACGGUUUUUGGACGCAUUCUUUAUCGGAGCUUUGUACAAAAUGAUGCUCAACAAAGCCGUAGCCCUCUCAGACAUGGAAGGAGUUGAUGCAGACUUUCAUCGAAGUCUCCAGUGGAUGCUGAACAAUCCAAUCGAAGGAGUCUUGGAACAGACUUUUUCCACGGAAGACGAACGCUUUGGCCAAACAACCAUCGAAGACCUCAAGCCAGGUGGAAGAGAUAUUGAUGUAACCGAUGUCAAUAAGAAAGAAUACGUCGACAUGAUGGUUAAAUGGAGAAUUCAAAAGCGAAUUGAUGAGCAGUUCCAAGCUUUCAUAACUGGCUUUCACGAGCUCAUACCAGCAGAGCUAGUAAAUGUUUUCGAUGAGCGAGAAUUAGAGCUACUUAUCGGUGGUAUUGCAGAGAUAGAUGUUGAAGAUUGGAAAAAACACACAGAUUAUAGGGGAUACACCGAAUCAGACGAAGUAAUUAAAUUCUUCUGGCAGACCAUUAGGAGCUGGGAUGGUGAACAGAAGUCCAGACUAUUACAGUUUGCGACAGGAACAUCGCGAAUCCCAGUGAAUGGGUUUAAGGAUCUACAAGGAAGUGAUGGACCGAGGCGCUUUACUAUUGAGAAAGCUGGUGAGAUCAAUAACUUACCAAAAUCACAUACAUGCUUUAACCGGCUCGAUUUGCCUCCAUACAAGAGUCUUGAAACCUUACAAGCCAAAUUGACGAUGGCUGUCGAAGAAACCAUGGGUUUUGGACAGGAGUAA